GAUUCGAAUCGUGAGACAACACGAUCACGCCAUCGACUGUGGGUUGUCUCACCACCAGUGCAGCCACCCCGUGAUGAAGAUAUCGUGAACGAAGCGGCAAAAACAUAUAACUGCAUUAGAGAGAUCCAACGACGCGACGCACUUAAUAACGAUCGCCACUCGUGCUGCUUGCAAUGCCGACCUCCACGGCAGCCACCACAGCCACCCCAGCGAACGCUACAGUCCUCACAAAUGCAUCGCAUAUGCCCACGAUCACUCGAUUUCACUAUCUUCUUCAGCACAGCAAAAGUCUCGUAUGUGCCCACGGCCCAUACACAACCUAUCCCAAUACCACUGUCUUCACACGUGCCACGAACCCACCCGUAAAACCCUUCGGACCUUCUUCGAGAUGUAUGGCCACCUCGCUCGCAGCGGCUCAAGAUUGUAUUGGCAGCGCGCAACUCCCCGGACCCGCGAAAGAAGAUCUGCACGUUUUCAAGCAUUUAUGGGAUACGACUGUCGAGCUGCUGGAAGAGGUGCUGGCCACAGGCGAUUUAGACCACGAGUCGUUUGGAUGGGGAAUCUGGGCGUUAUGUGCGGGUUACGUGUACCCUCACUCGGAGACUUCGUACGAGAUGUUCGAGGAGCAUAAGCAUCGCUUGCAUGAGGCGCUUUUGGCGCUCCCCGCUCUUGACUCGCCGAGGCGUAAAAGAGAAGAGCUUGUCGUGCCCGGUGAGGGAAAGGUCGAGGUUCUCGCGAAGGCAAAUAGGCAAGUGCAUAUUUGUGCUAGCUUGGUACUCCAGAGGUACAGGCAGGAAGGGUGGCAUCGGAUCAGAUGGUGGCACGGGAUCAAGGUCGCAGAUAGGUGGAUUGCGAGACUGGGUAUGGGGAAUGAGGCGGAGCUUGUUGACAGAAAGGAUGAGAGCGGAUUGGCAGGUGCAACUGCAGGGGCUGGAGAAAAUGUCAACGGCAAUUAAAAACCGGCGCAUCUGCUUCCCUCGGUUGUACCAUGGCAGAAUGUGUCAAUAGACGUAGAACGUUCUCAAAUCAAAUCAUCAAAUGAAAUCAGGGCAGAUAUUGUAG